CUCCCUUCUGCAAAUUUAGCAGAAAACGAAAAAAAAUCUUAGACAUCCGUUCGAAACAAAUCAUGCGCACUCACGAGCAACUUGCCCCAUCAAAAGCAUGCACAUUGAAUUCGGCACAAUACCCACGAUUCAAUCUAAUCCGUCCAUAAAAUCAUACCAAUAAAAUCAUCAGUUGAUAAGUUUGCACUGCACCGAAGCUAACUGUAGAUGAAAACUACUGUAGUUACUGCAUUACAUCACAGAGAGAUCGUUAACAGUUAACACAUCACAACGCCACCAUCACCAUCACCAACACUUUUUUUUUUUUUCUUUUUCGAAUGGCAUCAACAACAACACAUUCUGAAGCUUUCAUAACUCAGUAAGUACUGUGAGGUUUUUGUAAUGUGGAUUAAGGAUUCGGUAUCUUCGUUCUUAGUUCUUAGUUCUUAGCUAGUAGUAGCAACUUUCUCUUCUCACAAGUUUGAAUUCACGAUUUUCCCUCUAAAAAACAACCAACCUCUGUAGAAUUGAACCCGCCAACUGUUUGUGGAAAUGCCAAACAGAAAACCCACCGUAGCGUACUCACCAUCCUCACCGCGAAGAUCACAGAGGCUCAUUCUCCUCCACGAGAACAACAACCCCACCACUCCCAAUCCUAAAUCCCCAAAAAAACCUUCUAUCCAAUCAAGAACCCCCACCGUUAGGGCAACGAAACCAACCAAGCCAAAGGAUAAAGUUCCCUCUCUUAAACGAUCUGCUAGAGUUUCCAAUCAUAAAACUCGAAAUGAGGAGAAAAUCGAUGUUCAACUGAGCGAAUUUCGUUCGGGUGAUUCGACAGUGAAGCGAGGAAAAAGGAAAGCACGUAGUGGUAAUGAGGGAAUUGAGGCUGAAUUUGGUGCAAAUGGGAAUAGAAUGCACUGUGUGGAUGAAAGGGAGCAAGUUGAAGGUGGAGUGAAAGGGAAAAGAAAGCUAGGUGGCGGUGAAAUUGCUGAAGGGUGGACUAAGGAACAAGAAUUGGCUCUGCAAACAGCUUACUUUACUGCAAAACCUAGUCCCCAUUUCUGGAAGAAUGUUUCUAGACUGGUACCUGGGAAGUCUAAACAAGAUUGUUUCGACAGGGUUCACCAUGACUUCCAAACACCACCUCAAUGUCCGCCUAGAUCAAGGACAAAGACAAUUAACUCUUCACCUCUUCAUCAAUUCUCACUAUCUGCAAGUAAACUUCUCAAACCUACUGAAAAGAAGGUUGCUAAAUCAAAUAUUCUCAAACCAAAAAACAUUGUUACCCAGAAGUCUAUUGAGAAUCUGUUACAGCGCCAUCUUAAAGUAGAUCAAGUGCAUAAAGGAGACAUAUUUUCUGCUCUUGAACCCAACAUUGAUUUUUCUAUUAAUGAUUUUCAGCCUAGUCAAGCACUUUGUACUCCAAAGCAGCAAAAGGAAAAUCAAGGGUUUUUACAAAAUUUCACUGAUCGAUCAUCAUCAUCGUCAUCAUUUUCAAAUCACAAGAAGUGUCUUUCUAUAUUUAGUGGCUCAUCAGGUGUUCAAGAUCUUGCUAGUCCACCUGUGCUGAAGAAAGUAAAGAACAAGGUGCAGCAUGAAAAAUUCGUCAAUCAAUUAAGAUUUAGGGAACUAAAGAGAAGAGCAGCAUCCAAACGGACCAAAAUUUCCAUAGUUGGAGAAAGAAACAACAAUCAGAAAAAGGAUGUUAAAGCUGCAAAAGUUGCAUUGAUGUCUGAAGCUAGAGAUGCUAUCAACAAGUUUCAACAAUCGCAGGUCAAUAUCAUGGACAACACUUGUAGUUCUGAUGAGGACAAUGAUGAUGACGUUGGAGGUGAAUGUGAUAGUCAAUAGGUUUUCUCGGGCUAGUUGACCGAAACUAACUAAAAAAUUACAUGUAUAGUUGUUUCAUAUAAAGUUUUAGACACCGUAUCUUAGUCAAAAUCUAGUAGUUGUUUCAUAUAAAGUUUUAGACACAGUAUCUUAGUCAAAAUCUAGUUUUUCGAAAAUCCCAAGUUUUGUAGCAUUUACUUUUAGUUGAUAAAAAAGAACAAUGCACAUUUUCCUUGCUCCAAGCUUCCACUGUAAUAUGGCAACCAUAAUUAUCCUAGAUGUAAUACAUUUAGAUUAGGCUUUAAAGCAACAAAAAUUGUGUUGUAUCUGUCUAGCCUAAACUU